UGUACCUGAAACAAAAAUGGAGAGAAUCUAGAGUCUCUUUAAGACCAACUCAAAUCUUUUCUUUCUCUCUCUCAAAAACAAAAAAAAAAAAAUUUCGAAUGGAGGAAAGAGAUGGAAUGAGAGGAUGAGAGAGACCCUUCUUCUUCUCCCAUAAGUUAAUUUUUUUCUCGUUUGUUUCUGCUGAUAUCUUUUUGGUUGUCGAUUUCAGUUUUUUUUUUCUUCUUCUCUUUCUCUCUCUAAAUCUUCCUAGAGAGAAUGGCCCAGCAGAUCCAAAAUCUUUCGUUUUAUCGAACUUUUUUUAUAUGGAUUUUCUGAAAUUCUCGUCUUGAUGUUUCAGCUCAUUUUGGGUUGAUAUUCCCAGAUUCUUGAUUCCUGAUAUCUGGGUCUCUUCAUUCUUCUCUGUUCUCGAGCCUUUUCUUAGUUCUCAGCUCAAACUUCACUGAAAUCCUUUCUGGGUUCUUAACCAGGUUCCACAAACAUUAUUUGUCUAUUUUAAGGUAGAAAUGGGGGCGAAUAUGCAGUAUAAUAGCUAUUUCCCUGGAUAUUACUCCGCGAGGAGUCUUAACUUGGAUGCCAAUGGAAGUACAUGGCCCUUGAAUUUUGAUGACAAAGUUUCACAUAGUGGAAACUACUGUAACGGCUAUUUAUCUUCCAACUAUCUUUUAACAUACAACCAAGAACUGUUAAAGAAGACAAUGCUCAAGCAUGAAACCAUAUUUAAAGAUCAGAUUCAGGAGCUCCAUCGCCUUUACAGAAGACAAAUGGAAUUGAUGAGUGAAAUUAGAAGGAAUGAAAUGGAUAAGUCUUAUUCAAGGUUUGAGGCAUCACAUUCAGAUGCUGCAUUCUUUCAAACAUCAUCUGAACAGGUCCCGAAGACUUUUCAAGUCCCCAGAUUUAGCUCAAUAAACCCUGCAGACAGUCUAAUGUCUAUUUCAGGUUCUGAAAGGCUCCAAUAUCCUUUGAGUUCGGUACAGGGGAAAAACAUUCAAGUAUUUUCUCCAUACGCUACUAAAUCUGAAGUGUGUUCAAAAGAUUUUCUAUUAUCAGAAUUUAAUAACAAGAAAUUCGGGAAGAAAUCAUUGGAUCUUCAACUCUCUGCUAUUGAGUACAUUCAUGGUGAAGACAAGGUCCUUUUCAAUGAUAUAACAGUUUCUGAUAUGCCUGAAGUAUCCAGUCAGUCUGUGAAGAGAUCUCCACAAGUAGUGUACACCAGCGAUGUAAAAUCAUUUUUUGGAAGUGAUGUAUUGAACUCUCUUUUCCAUGCUACUACCAAAAUUCCUGCUUCAAUAUUAGAGAAUCAGGAAGGGUCCAUUAAAUAUUCAUUGGAGGAAUCUUUUCAAAAUACCCAAAAAAUGCCAGAUCUUGGUCCUCCAUCAAUUUUUAUAUUGGCGGAAACUGAAAGAAAAGAGGAGCAGUUAUCCUGUCAUGACAAGGCUGGUGAAAAUUUGAUCCAAGGGAAAUCCAGAUGCAGCUUAAAUCUUUUCCAUCAAGGUUUAAAUGAUGAAAAAUUGUUGUCUUUUUCUGAUCUCUUGCAAAAGGACUGCGAGCUAGUUCAUGAAACUCCAUCUUUUCAUCAGGGAAAUCAAACUUCAUUCGUUGAAAGAGCAAUUUAUGAUUUGGACUGCUCCAGAAGGAAUCAUUCUCCCUCAGUUGACAGUUAUAAUGGACCACAUGGUGCUUUUUCUGAGAGCACUUUCAGGGACCAUGGUGGUCCUCAGGCCAAUAUUACAAAUUCCGAGUCAUCUACUCUGGAUUUGGAAAAAGUUAGCGACUCUGCACGGAAUCCAAUUGCAGUUCAGGCACUGCCUUGUUUUAACACCUCUGUGCCUUUGGAUAAAAGACGUAGAUUAAAAAUAGGAAUGCCUGAGCUUGAUGGAGACAGCAAGUUGGUGUCUAAUCAUGGCCUAGCAGAGCAUAAAAGUUCAACUAAUACUCAGUCUUCAUAUGGUAUUAAUUUGAAUUCUAGACCACAAAACUUUUCUUCAGAGUUUGUGGUUUCCAAAGGUAUUCAGACAGCACAGGGGGUGAAAAAAUGUGAAUAUUCAGCCAGUGAGUUUGCUGUUGAGCCAAAGAAUGUCGAGGCAGUUGACUCCUUGAGUAAAAUGAUCCCCGGAUCUCACGACUCUAACAAGUCUUAUAUUUCUGAUCGACACUGCUCUUCUAGCAGCAACCCCUCAAUAACAUGUCAAACCCUGUUUAAAGAUGUGAAGCCCAAAGGAAAAGAUACAGUAUUUGACUUGAACUUGGCUUGUGAUUCCGUGUCCGAGUCAGAAAUGGAACUAACUGCAGAUGAACAUGUGGUAGAGGAUGGGGCUGGCAGGAGGAAGCAUGUAGGUUUUGGUUGCCUCUUUGACCUGAACUCAUCUAUAAAUGAUUUAGAUGCUCCUGCAAGUCCAGAAAACAAGGAGUGUUCUCCACCCAGAGGAGAAUCAGAUGAAAACCAAGUUGAGACACCAUUGAUGUUGUCUGGUCAGGAUGAACUUGAUCUGCUAGAUGAACUAACGAGAAUUGCAGCAGAUGCAAUAGUUUCCAUUUCAUCAUCAAGGUCCCAGAGUUCUGCCCAAAAAACCAGUUGUAAACCUCUUGAAACAACUUCACAUAACUCCCUACUUUGGUUUGCUGACAUAGCUUCCACAGUAUUAACUGAUUCAGCAAAUGAGUUUGGAUCACUUGUGACGAUUACAAAUGAUGACAGCUCUGAGGAGCAUCUACCUGAUGGAGUGGAUUAUUUUGAGGCCAUGACAUUGAAGCUGACAGAUACAGAAGUGGAGGACUGCCAUUGUAAAAGUAACGGCUUAAAGGAGGAAGAAACUGGUUCCUCUUCAUCUCCUACUCAGCGAAGGAAGGGUCGGACAAGGCGUGGAAGGCAGCGAAAGGAUUUCCAAAGGGAGAUUCUCCCAAACCUUGCAUCUUUGUCGAGGUAUGAGGUCACUGAGGAUCUUCAGAUUAUAGGAGGGCUCAUGGAAGCUGCUGGAACACAUUGGGAAACAGGGUCAAUGAGAUACACAGCCAGAAAUGGGUACGCGAGGGGAAGGAAGCGGUCUUCCAUUACUAGCUCCAAUGCGGGAGUGGGUUGCUCAGUUGAGUCACUGUUGAAGCAACUGAAUAGUAACAACAAUAAGCUGGUCAAAGAAGAGAGAAGUGUAGUAUGUUGGGGAAAGGUGACUAGGAGGCGCCGGGGACAGAGAUGUCCUGUUAGAGUUAGUAAUCCACACCUUAUACCAAGUCAAGUUUAAAAAAUUGAUACAUAAAGAGUCCAUUUUUUUUUUCUUCUUUUGGGUUAUUCUGAAUUAUUGGAAUCUAUUGUAAAUGUUUUCAAAGACUUGGACAUACAUAUAUGAGGUGUUUGAAUAGGAAAAGAAACCAUGACGUACUUGAGUUA